CACUUCCUAGUUCCUACCAAACAAAAUGGGAACGCUACCGCUGGAUUAGCUUUAAAUACCCGCAAAUAUUCCAGAAUAUUAGUAUUUUUCGGCUUUUCUCGAGUUUGAUAAAACAGUGGAAUGUUAUUUUGUAAUGUAACGUUGUCGGAGAAGUUCGCGUUGAGGUGAAACUGCGACUGUCGGUGGAAAUAUUGUCUUGAAUAACAAAUGUCCCCGCGGCUAGCUUAGUUGUAACGUUGCCUAACGUGAACAUUUGACUCAUUUGUUUUCAUUAUUUUGCGAUAAACACAAAGAAUUUACUUUUACAUUUUGAACCGGACAUCAGUCAACAUGCACCGCAGAGGAGUCGGGGCGGGAGCCAUCGCUAAGAAGAAGCUGGCAGAGGCUAAAUACAAGGAAAGAGGAAAUGUUCUCGCCGAGGACCAAAUUGUUCAGAUGUCCAAGCAGCUGGAGACCUUCAAAUCCAACCUGGAGGAGUUUGCCAGCAAACACAAACAGGAAAUUCGAAAGAACCCACAAUUCAGGGUUCAGUUCCAGGAAAUGUGUGCCACCAUCGGAGUCGACCCACUUGCCUCUGGAAAAGGUUUUUGGUCUGAGAUGCUCGGAGUCGGUGACUUCUACUAUGAGCUCGGUGUGCAGAUUAUUGAAGUGUGUCUGGCCCUGAAACACAGAAACGGAGGGCUCAUUACUUUGGACGAACUCCACCAGAGAGUCCUGAAGGGAAGAGGGAAAUACGCUCAGGACGUGAGCCAAGACGACUUGGUGAGAGCCAUAAAGAAGCUGAAGGUGAUGGGGAAUGGUUUCGGGAUGAUUCCUGUCGGUGGGUCUUACCUGGUGCAGUCGGUCCCGGCGGAGCUCAACAUGGACCAUACCGUGGUUCUACAGCUGGCCGAGAAGAAGGGAUACGUGACGGUGAGUGAGAUCAGGGACAGUCUGAAAUGGGAGAAGGAGCGAGCGUGUCACGUCCUGGAUCACCUACUGAAGGAAGGCCUGGCCUGGUUGGACUCUCAGGCAGCCGGAGAGGCGCAGUACUGGCUGCCCGCUCUCUUCUCUGAGCUCAUUUCGCGUGAUGUCACUCCAGAGGAGGCCAAUCAGAUGACACCUUAAAAAAAAGAAGCUGGUGACGGUUUCAGAGACGUUGGUAAACAGUGAUGUGCCAUGUGACGGAGUCGAGCUGGUUCCCCCGAAGCUGAGUGAACUCUGGACACAAGGGGGGAAAACUUUCCUCCGCUGCAACUUCUAUGCAACAAGUUCACUUCGGUUGUUAAACGUCACAGAAUGCAGCUUGAUUUCAGUUGCACUGUGAAUGAAAGUCAAUGUGAGAUCUUCGCUUCACAGCUGACGGUUGGUUUGUGGUUCUUCUCGUGACACAGAUCGUAUAGUUGUUAAAUUUUUUUGCAUGUCAACUUUAUCUUUGGAAGAAAAGACGACAUCAGCUGCAUCAUACAGAUUUUUAUUACAUCAACUGGACCAUUUUAAAUGUUCUUACAGUUAAUAACAUUUGUUAUUUUCUUUGACAAUAACAUCAACAAUUCAUCCCGCCGCAUACCUGUUCAAAACCAGAUGAAAUACUUUAUUCUGUAGAUCUGAUCACCGAGAUAAUAAGUGCAAAGCAAACAUUUUCAAAAGAAUAAUUAUUGGUUAAUAAUAUUACGUGCUUUAUUUCAUUCAUCAUUUCAAGCUUCCCUCCAGACAGAUUUGAGCUAGAGUCAUUGAUUUCUAUGUGAUUUGAAAAUUAUCUUUUAGAGACUGGAAACUUCUAAUCACUGUUUUAACUUGGAACAGUGAGCAACAGACCUGAUUACAGUCAAAUUCAAGUGCAACUAGUAUGUGCUUCAAAAGUCUAUUAAAACUCUACCAAAUGUC